AUGGAUCCCUUCAACAACCCAAACAAUCCGAACAACCCGAACAAUCCCAACAACCCGACCCAACCUAAUGUUUUCUCGGUUCCGGGAUAUUAUCCGACGCUCGAACCGAACCAAUUCUCUCAAUAUUCCUCAAACGCCUUUGCCGCGUUCCAACACUCACCGAACCAAUUCUCUCAAAAUCAAGUCCUUCAACAAAUGAUGAUGCGGGGUGCUUUUAAUCUCCAACCGAACCCGCCGCCACCCGUUCAACCCCAAUUGAUCCCGACGCAACCCUUUCAACAAUCCGAACCCGAAGAAGAUGUGGGAGUUGUUCCCGAAACCCAACCGCCUAAAGGAAAAGGAAAACGAAACAAAGGCAAGCAAGUGGUGGGUGAUCAACCGUCCAAACCGAAGUCCACUAAGUGGACACCAAUCGAAGAAGAAGCCUUAGCCAAGGCGUACAUUGGCACGUCUGACCACCCGACAAAAGGUUUAAAUUUAUACAUGUUGUAA